AUGGUGGUGACGGAGACCGAUUGGACACAAGUGUCGUUCGAACAUGCUCGUACAACUCUUCGUAAGUGGAGAGAAUGCGGUGUCCGCCGUAGCGAAGAAGCUGUUGAAAUGUGGGAGCACGUGAUCAGCCGCAAUCCCGCGGCUCUUGGUGACGAGCAAUGGGCAGUAUUGGAGCAAAUCUGCAUUGCGGCUCUUGACUGCUGUCAAUAUGAUCUUGCUCAAUCUUGUAUCGACGCUCUUGACGCGAGAUUUCCGAAAAGCACCAGAGUGUUGAAGCUUCAUGCAAUGAAGCUUGAAGCUACUGAGCAAUUCACCAAGGCAAUUCAACUUUAUGAGCGUUUGAUUGAUAGCGACCCUACAAAUAAUGCAUUGCGGAAACGAAGAGUCGCUGUGUAUAUCACGCAGAAUAAACGACUUGAAGCGAUUAAGGCUCUUAAUGAAUAUCUCAAGAUUUUCUUGAAUGACGCGGAGGCUUGGCUGCAGCUCAGCGAGCUGUUCCUUCUGGAAAAUGAUCUCGCAAAGGCAGCUCACUGUUUGGAGGAGUGUGUGCUAAUAUCGCCAUUGAACUCGAUGUAUCUUCGCAGGCUUGGCGACAUCCGCUAUUCACAAGGAGGCGUCGAUAAUGUCGAAUUGGCACACGCUUAUUACGAGAGAGCUUUGAAAGUGAAUGAGAAAGAUUUGAGAGCUCAAUAUGGAGUUGCUCUGGCUAACACACACAUCUCUGCGAUAUCGAAGAACUCUAGCGAUAAGAAGAAGGCGAUGAUCAGCGCAAACACCGCUUUUGACAACUUGAUUGAUAAGUACUCGAAGAUUAGUAUUAAAGUCAAUCCAGCAGCUGUUGAAAUUGCGGGCACUUUAGAAAAAAUGAAGUCGAACGUGGGAUCCAAGUGA